GCCAAUCGCGGGUCUCGGGGCCGCCGGCCGCGCCGGGGCCGAUUGGUCGUCUAUAGGAACGCGUCUGCCUGGGGGCGGGGCUUCGGGUGGGCUCCGCCAGGCCGGGACUCCGGGACACGGGCGGGUUCGGAGCCGGGCGCUCAGGACUUUGUUCAGUGGGUUGAGAAGGAUCAAGCAGGCCUUGUGAAUCAUAAGAGUCUAGAGAUUUUAGAGCGGCCCAUUUGAGAAGGAAGACUUCAAUUCUGUUGUGAAAUCCCUACACAAGAGGUUGGAGGGCCCAAUGGCUGCAAAGUCCCAGCCCGACGCUCCCCAAACCAAGAGUCGGGACAGCUUUGCCAACGGUGGGGCUGCCACUCAGGGGCAGUGGGGCCGUGCCUGGGAGGUGGACUGGUUUUCGCUGGCCAGCGUCCUCUUUCUGCUGCUUUUGGCCCCUUUCAUCGUAUACUACUUCAUCAUGGCGUGUGACCAGUACGGCUGCUCCCUCACUGCCCCCGUGGUGGACCUCGCCACCGGGCGCGCUCGUCUCGCAGACAUCUGGGCCAAGACGCCGCCCGUGACAAAGGAAGCGGCCCAGCUCUACGCCUUGUGGGUCACGUUCCAGGUGCUUUUGUACUCGGCGCUGCCUGACUUCUGCCAUAAGUUCCUGCCCGGCUACGUGGGAGGCGUUCAAGAGGGCGCCGUGACCCCCGCAGGGGUUAUUAACAAGUAUGAAAUCAACGGUCUGCAGGCGUGGCUCAUCACGCACCUUCUCUGGUUUGCAAAUUCGCACUUCCUGUCGCUGUUCUCCCCCACCAUCAUCUUCGACAACUGGAUACCGCUGCUGUGGUGCGCCAACAUCCUCGGCUACACGGUUUCCACCUUCGCAAUGAUCAAGGGCUACUUCUUCCCCACCAAUGCCAAAGACUGCAAAUUCACGGGCAAUUUCUUUUACGACUACAUGAUGGGCAUUGAGUUUAACCCCCGAAUCGGGAAGUGGUUCGACUUCAAGCUGUUUUUCAACGGACGCCCUGGGAUCGUUGCCUGGACCCUCAUCAACCUGUCCUUUGCAGCCAAGCAGCGGGAGCUCUACGGCCAAGUGACCAAUGCCAUGGUCCUGGUCAACGUCCUGCAGGCCAUCUACGUGCUGGACUUCUUCUGGAACGAAGCCUGGUACCUGAAAACCAUUGACAUCUGCCACGACCACUUUGGGUGGUACUUGGGCUGGGGGGACUGCGUCUGGCUGCCGUACCUCUACACGCUGCAGCCCGUCCAGGCCGCGCUCAACACGAUGGACGUGCCCCUCGUCUGCGACUACGGCUCGGGCUUCAGCAAGGUGGGCUUUGCGGGCACGGAAACCCCCCUGGCCGUGUUCCCCACCCUCCUCGGGAAACUUCGACACGACAAUCCGCUGGUGGGGAUGGGCGAGGAGGACUGGUUCCUCGGAGACGAGGCUCAGCAUAAGCGAGGGGAACUUAGCCUACAAUAUCCCAUCUCCCGGGCAACCGUCACGAACUGGGCCAACAUGGAGAAGAUAUGGCAUCACUCCUUCUACCAGGUGCUCCGCGUCGCCCCGGAGCAGCAUCCUCUCAUGGUGACGGAGCCGCCUUUAAACACAAUGUCCAACAAAGAGAAGAUGUCACAGAUCCUGUUUGAGACGUUCAACGUGCCCGCCCUGUACUUAGCCAACCUGGGAGUCCUUUCUCUAUACGCCUCUGGCCAGACCUCCGGAACAGCCAUUGAGUCUGGAGAAGGAAUGACGUACUUUGUGCCCAUCGUUGAUGGCUGUCCUUUGCAUCAGUCAACCAUCCAGACGGACAUGGCAGGCCAAGACCUAACCUCGUAUCUCCUGCAACUAUUGACAGACGGUGGGCACUCGUUGGUGAGCACAGGCGACCGGGAGCACGUCCGGAGCAUAAAAGAACAAUACUGCUACGUGGCUUUGGACUUUGACAAGGAAAAAGUAAAAACGGACGCGCCUUCCUACGCCCAGAAAGUUCAGCUGCCCGAUGGCCAGGAGGUCACCCUCGGGCAGGAGAAGUUCUUCUGCCCCGAAGUGCUUUUCCAGGCGGACCUCAUGGGGAGAAACGACCUGGGCAUCCAUAUGAAGGCCUUCCAGAGCAUCAGCUCCUGCAGCCCCGCCCUCUGGAAGAUUCUCUUCGGCCACAUUGUCUUGUCUGGAGGUACCGGCUCCUGUUCCGGCCUGCGGUUCCGGAUGCAGAGAGAAAUAUCCGCCCUGGUUUCCCCUACAAUUAACGUGAAGGUAUCCACCUGCCCCAACUCCACGUACGGCGCCUGGGUGGGGGGUUCCAUCCUGUGCUCGCUUUCCACCUUCAAGGACAUGUGGGUCACCAGCCAGGAGUAUAAGGACAUCGGUUCCUCUGUCAUCAGCAGGAGAAGCUUCUGAUUUGUGGCUUUGUGGAUGCCAUCUUCUGGCCCACCGAUGCCAACUCCACCUUGGCCGGGCUGAUCAGUGCUGAGAACCAGCUCGAACGUGAGGGUGGCCAGUCCUCCCCGGACUUCCAUCAACCUGGUCAAUAAAGGACAGACAGUCUGGGC